AUGAUUUCAACAAUCGGCACAACAACAAUUCAAACUACAGCACCAAACUCGUUAGUCAUGAAUCCAACAUCUAUGUUAGUAGAGAUGAAAAGCUUCAUUCCUUCUUCAUAUACUUUCGAAACAAAAAUCCAGAAGAUAAAGCAAGAACUUUUAACAAGUAAUUUAGACUGUAGUGCGAAAGAUGAAACAAAUGAACAGUAUCUUUAUGAAAUGCAGGACAUUAUUGACCAUUUACCCAAAUUGCCUGAAAUCCAACAACAAAAACUAACUAUUCCUGAAUUCGACGAAAUUGAAGUCAAAACAACUGACUCAGUAGAAAUAAAGAAGUUCAUACGUAAAGUAAAUUAUGAAUUCCUUGGUUUUCAUUGCAACCAUAAAGUUAUGGACAAAGAUUGCGACAUGGUUUAUAAGAAUGUUUCUGACAUAUAUAAAUCUGAAGAAUUUAAGACCUACGAUAACUUUGUUUCAUUAGUUGCUGAAUGUGUUUGGGAAAUAAGAGAUAAAGAUAGAAGAGGCAAAGUAUGGAACGAACAACUAAGACCCGCUAUGUUUGAGAUGAAGAGAGCAAUUGACGCCUUAGUUGUUUUAGCAGGUCAAAUUUCAAUGUAUAACGCAAAAAUGAACCCGCAAUGUUCAAAAUGUAAGGCAGCGAUGAGGAAAUAUAACUACUCCGUCAAAGAGAUAGAAAGAAUGAGAAACGACUAUGCAGAUUUAAAGAAAGAAGUAGAA